GGUCUUUUGCGCAGCAGUCGGGCCGCUUGGCGGCCAGGGAGGCGGUGUUAAUUCCGCCGAGGCGGACGUGGGCUGUGAGCAGCUCCCGGGAUUAAGGGAAGACACCUCCCUAGUGCUGGCGCCCAUUUUGCCCGCCCGCUGAGAACCCUGCGCGGCCUACACGCAUCAGGGACAGCUCUUUGGGGCGACAUCACCGCGAACAACGGCCUCUUUUGAAAGUCGGUCCUAAAACAGUUAAGGUUUUAUUUUAUUUUAUUUCCAAGUCACAACCCUUGAAUCUCUCUGGACCACUUCCGGCUGUUGGCCUGACUUCCUAACUUCGGUUCUAGUGACCUCGGCCCGGGAUGCCCCUUGAUUCGCCCUGGGCUCAAGUCGCGAUCUCUGCUUGAGUGUUCCGGGGUGGGGGACCUGGAAGUUUUAGCCUAGCUGUUCUGGAGGAGGAGUAAUUAGUCCAAGAAACAUUAUAUUCAUGCUUAGGUGGAGAAAAGCAGGGCUAGAAUUGGAACCCAAAGCCCAGAAUGGCAAGAGAGGAUGUGGGGGCUCCACCCGAUCAUCUCUGGGUUCACCAAGAAGGUGUCUACCGCGACGAAUAUCAGCGCACAUGGGUAGCUGUGGUGGAAGAGGAGACAAGUUUCCUAAAGGCUCGAGUCCAGCAAGUUCAGGUUCCCUUAGGUGAUGCAACUAAGCCAAGUCACCUUCUUACUUCCCAACUACCUCUCAUGUGGCAACUCUACCCAGAGGAGCGCUACAUGGAUAACAACUCUCGCUUGUGGCAGAUUCAGCAUCACUUAAUGGUCAGGGGAGUACAGGAACUACUGCUUAAACUUUUGCCUGAUGAUUAACCUGGUGCUGGAAUUCUAGGAAGUUAUGCUCUUCUGUUCUAUUCAUUAUGUGACAAUCUCAUCAUUCAACACUGCAGUGCUGCCACCCUUGGCACAGGGUGGGAAGGGAAUAGUUUGAAAAACUACAGAUGUUUAGGAAGAGUCAUGAAGAAC